UGCUGAGAUACCUGGGUCUUCAUCUUAGCCGAGACAGAAUGCGUACAUGGAGGAGCGUGAUAACAUCGAUUGGGCGACGUUUCGCACAUCAUUAGAUGAUGAGCGGCCUGUGAGGAAUUUAGACGGACCCAGGAUUCUUGACUUCGAUGACUUUUUAAUCCCGGAUUCGGCGCUAGUGGGUCUACCAGAGCGACCCACUCAAGCGUUUUCUCAUGGGCCUGCUAAGCCAGAGGUGUCUUCCCAUGUGACUGUCGAGCCACAUGAUUUGGCGCCAGUGGGUCCACAAGAGCAACCCACUCAGGAGCCUACUCAUGGGCCUUCCGAGCCAGAGGUGUCUUCUCAUGAGAUUAUCGAGCCACACCCAUCUCAGGAGCCUACAAACCCAUCUCAGGAGCCUACUCAGGCACCCGUCGAUACACAAGUUUGA